GAACGGAUGUAGAGGCGGAUGUGAACAUCCGCAAAAAAUGUACAAUUUGAGAAUUACCAAAGAAUUGCAGCGAUGAGCAAGAAGAAAAGCAAUGUGUGGCAGUACUUCUACAAGACAUCCGGCACAGUGGCCACCUGUCUGCUGUGCAACAGGAACUACUCGAGGCGAGGACGCGGCACAACCUGUCUGCGGAAUCAUCUGAAGAGCAAGCACCCACCGGAGUUCCUAUCCCUAUCCGGGGACAUAAAGUACCUGGACCUGGUGAAGAGCGAGAUCUCCAUCGGUUCGCCACAGCACCCCACAGCCCAGCUGGAAUUGAAUCUGCACGAAACAGAUUCAGAUCCAUUGGACACGGAGGAUAUUUCCUACAGCAAACGCUGUAAUGAGAAGUUGGCUCUCAUGCUUCUAAAUCACUCCUUUGAGUUCAUUGAAGGACCAGGAUUUGUAAAUUUCAUUAGGGCGCUGCAGCCCAGGUAUACGAUUCAGUCAAGGAGCUACUAUGAGAAGAUACUUUGUGAGGAUAUACACAGGAAAAUGCAUCAGCAUUUGCAGCAACAGGUGGAUCUGCUGGAUGCCAUAUCGUUGUCUACGAGUCUCUGGCGGGGUGACAAAGGCGAAGGACUUCUGAGCUUGUCCUGCUCCGGAAUAUCAAGGGAUUUUCAGAGUCACCGCCUAAUGCUGAAAUGCGAGGCUCUGAAUUACGAAAGCACUUCGAAGCUAGCUUGUUGCAUUCGGGAUCUUGUGCCCAGCUUGGCCAUUGAGGUGCCCAAAGAGAAGAUCCACUGCGUAAUCAGGGACGAGAUGACGGCGCUGCCAGGUUCCCUGCCCGAUUGCAGUGUGCACCGCCUGCAGUUGUGCGUUCGAUUUGCCUUGCAAUCAAACGAAUUACUUCAGAACCUUUCAUCCAAGUGCAAGCAAAUAGUUGACCAUUUUGCGUCGUCUAAGAUGGCCAACGAUCAUCUGAAAUUCAUUCAAGAGAUCCGCUUGACGCGAGACCCGUGCACACUCACACCUUACGAUCCCUUUCAAUGGAACUCCGCUUUUCAGAUGAUGAGCAGCGUGUUUCGAAUGAAGGAUGCUCUAUCCUUGUACUGCGAAGAGUAUAGUCUGGUCCAAAUAUAUCCCGAUGAAUGGAUAGAGAUUGAUUUGUGCAGCAAAGUAAUGCAGCCUUGUGAAGAAACAAUCAAGAUAUGGAGCAAUCCAUCUACGACAACAUCAUCCGUUAUUCCUCUGGUUGCCGCUUUACGCGAUUCCCUCCGAACGGAUGUCCAUAACUUUGUUUCAUCUGUGACUAUAUGCAGUUUCGCCAGAAAGUUGCUUGAAGAACUGGAAAUGAAGUUCGCCCACAUCACUAGCGACAUCAAAUUUUUGAUGGCCACCUAUUUGGAUCCGAGGUAUAAGCAAGCAUUUUUCACCGAGCGUGAGGAGCAGUUGGUGGCCAAUGAAGUUCUGCUUCAGCUCGCUGGAGUGCCAGAGGAUUGCAAUGGUCAGCCAACGCUGAAAAUAAUAAAAGUGUCAUCCACAUCCUCCCAGAAGAAUGAAUCAAAAAUCGAUAGCAUUCUGGACAGCAUACUGACAACUGGAACGACGAACACUCAACAGCCAAAUACGUCAAUGGGCUCCCAGUCUCAGAUUAAGAAUCUGCUAUAUCUAUACAACUCCGAACCCAGAAUAGAUAGGAACAUGGAUCCCCUGAUUUGGUGGAGGAGCAACAUAAAAUACAUAUCCUUGUAUGGCAUUGUUAGGAAGUUCUUAUCAGCACCAGCAGCAAGUGUAGUUAGUGAAGGCUUAUUUAGAAAAUCAGCGCACUUGUAUUCCGACAUGCGGGCGGGCUUGAGCCCCGAAAGUGCAUCCAAAAUGUUGCUGAUGAAGUCCAACUUUAGCUUUAGCAAUUCGGACAUAAAUUAGGGUACAGUAUUUUAUAUA